AUGAGUUACAUCAACAUCACGGUAGAGCUUCUCGCGUCGAACGGCAAACCUUACGGCACGGACGCAAACAUCUCCUUCAGUAGCAGUUACUAUGACAAUAGUACCCAUGUGAUGACCCUCUCCAACGAGGGGGACCAUGAGAGUUACGCCCAUCCGGUCCAGUUUCCAGGCAUCUUUACUGUCCUCGUGACUAUAAAAAAUCUUGUUGCGACAAUCACACUCGAAGUUGAGGUUAAACUGUACGGCAUAAUCUCCUCAGACAUCCAUUUGGACGUCUUCUACCAACCGGAAAUACCCCCUGACGGUGAUCCUAUUGCGGAUUACGGAGACAACUAUCCGCUGGAGAGACCGAUCGUUUUCAAACCAGUGUAUUCGUCAGGAACUAAUAUCACAUUCGAAUAUCUGGACUUCGGUGACAGUGCUUCGGUGCCUAGAAAUACAACUGAAGAUACUCUCUCACGCCAAUAUACAGUGCCUGGAGAACACACCGUAAGAGUUGCUGCGAGCAAUCCAGUAAGCGAACGUUACACCAUCAGUGCCACAUUCCAACUUUUUAGGACAAUCCAUUCAAUAGACGUAUCAACCGGGGUGAUCACCAUUCCAAACCAGCCCAAGAACUUCACCAUCACCAUCGGCCAGAUCGGAUACAACUCGUGCUUGGCCAUUGACUACGGCGACCACCAGACACCCAUCAUGUACGGUGAAACGGUGUGCGAGGGGCAUUGGAAGUCAUCCACGGCGGACUACAUAGGUCCUCUUACCAAUACCAUCAAUCUUGUGCAUACGUACGCCGACAACGGCAGUUACGUCUUCGCCGUGCACGGUUUUAAUCUCGUCACCGAUAUCGUCAUCGAGGAACCCUUCGCUGUGACGUACCUUGAGUGCAACGUGCCAGAAGUAGCCUUCAGCGAAGAUUACUCACAAUGGAUGGACCCGAGAGGAGUAGAGACCUACGACUAUGUUCCUCUCAAAACUACGACCACGAUCCGUUGUAAAAUCAAUGACAACUUCAAGGAAUGGUCAGUGCGGGAAUUCAACAGCACCAGUGGCGAACUCAUUCCGGGGCUCUCUCUAAAUCUCACGGAUCUUGACCCGACUGAUGCCUUCUACGUCGGCGAAGCUAACACUGCCGAUAUCAAGCUGAACGCCUAUACAUACCCGCCAGGGUACUACCGCAUAAGCUAUUGUGUCACCAUGGACAGCAGUAAGCUAGAUGGUGUUGUCUUCACGGCGUGUGCUCGAGAGUACAUUCAUGUUUUGUCUUUCAGUCUGGAAGCUAAGGUCGUUGACGGACAACUGUCUUCAACUACAAUUGGUCAUGGGCAGAACUUCAACUUGAAUCCCGGGCUCUAUUCUAAAGAUCCUUCUUUGGACAGUUCGGUAACUGACCAGGGGAUCAAUGUAUUCAAGUACUACUGCAAGCGUUUUUAUGAGGAAUUUCGACUGAACAACGACAAGACCCUUGUUGACACACCAGUGGAUAUAACAGGCGAUGGGGGCUCUGAGGGAGGGUGCUUUGGGACUGGUCCCGGUAGACUGAAUUACGACCAAAGCAGUCUUAACCUCAACACCUGGUGGAUGGACUAUAACAUGACCUAUGACAUGAAGGUGGUCAUCGAGAAAGGAACUAUUUCCGGUGAGGUCGCGUUCGAGCUAAAGAUUGUCAGCGGGGAUCCCCCUCAACCCGUCAUAAGUUUAGCCCAGGGAACGCCAUUCACGCCCGAGUCAAACUCGGUCAAGAUCAACCCUUCGGCUGACCUUCGCUUAAGAUCGGACUGUGUCGUUGAUUGCGACGGUGUGAUUUACCGAUGGGAGGUGUAUGUUACUAACGGAACACAUACAAUGCCCUUACCGGACUUGGAGAGCUAUGCGACAGGUGUAAAUACUGAUGCAAUUUUCAUCAAGCAAGCGGCGUUCAGCCGACAGUCAUCAGGAACGAGCUUUGUAAUUCGGCUUUCGGCUACCAACACCGGGGGCGUCGAGGGCAUCACAGAGAUCGAAGCUCAAUUGAACACACUCCCGACAGGGAAUGGCUGCGACGUCGAUUCUCGAUCCAUCGAUCUCGGCGACUCCGUGUACAUUGCAUGCAUGGACUGGGAAGAUGAAGACGGCAUAUCGUCAUACGAAUUCUAUGGUAAAGCAUGUCACUGUGUUAGUCAGAGAGACAGUCGUUUUGGGAUGACAAUGGACAUUACUUACCUUAGAACCACGCUGAUCCCGGCGGCGCUGUUAAUUGUAUAGUACAGUCAUUCUACAGAACUGACCCUC